UGAGAAUCAGACAUCAGAGGGAACUUGGAGGACACAGAGAAGCGCAAAUUAUCAGACAGAGUGAGAACGAAGAAGAAGAAAGCACAGGAUGCUAAGCUUGAGAUAUUCAUUACCUUAUCUUCUUCUUCAAACAAGGGAAUCAUCAACUAAGCUCUUCACCAAAAAGCCUAACAAUGUUGUGGUUUGUGCGGCGAGAGGUCCAAGACCUCGGUCUCCUCGUGUAUGGAAAACAAGGAAGAGGAUUGGAACUAUCUCUAAAGCUGCCAAAAUGAUUGCUUGUAUAAAAGGAUUGUCGAAUGUUAAAGAAGAAGUUUAUGGAGCGCUUGAUUCCUUCAUUGCUUGGGAAUUAGAGUUCCCUCUUGUUAUAGUUAAGAAGGCAUUAGUUAUACUUGAAGAUGAAAAAGAAUGGAAGAAGAUUAUUCAGGUGACAAAAUGGAUGCUGAGUAAAGGCCAAGGAAGAACAAUGGGAACUUACUUCUCAUUACUAAAUGCUUUAGCAGAAGAUAAUCGCCUUGACGAAGCUGAGGAAUUGUGGAACAAAUUGUUCAUGGAACAUUUAGAAGGAACUCCUAGAAAGUUCUUCAACAAAAUGAUCUCUAUAUAUUACAAGAGAGAUAUGCACCAAAAGCUCUUCGAGGUCUUUGCUGACAUGGAGGAGCUUGGAGUGAAACCGAAUGUUGCGAUUGUGUCUAUGGUUGGAAAAGUGUUUGUGAAACUAGAGAUGAAGGAUAAGUACGAGAAACUGAUGAAGAAAUAUCCUCCACCACAGUGGGAGUUUAGAUACAUCAAAGGAAGACGUGUUAAGGUCAAGGCAAAGCAGCUGAAUGAGCUAAGCGAAGGUGAAGGUGGUUUAAGCAGCGACGAAGAUAAGAUUGACAAUGAGAUUGAGAGUGAAGAAGAAGAUGGUGAGGAUCUCAGUGAAGAGGAAGAAGAUGAAAAAGAACUUUUGGGUGGAAGUCAAGGACAGAUUACUUCUAGAGAACCCAGUCUUGAUCAUUUGGACUCUUCAUGAGCUUUUGAGAUCGUAUCUACCGUUGAAUCAUCUAUAAGGAAAAUAGAUAGACGGCCAAGGUUCUUCAAAGAAGCUUUCUGGGGCUGAGCUUGGGUUUCUGACGAAAACAUGACCAGAAAAGUUUUGAACUAUCUGAGCUUAAGAGUCAAAACAAGGUAUAGAUUUGAAGAGUCAACUAAAAAGAGUAUUAAACUCAGCAAAAAGAUUAAAUACUGUAAAAUCUUUUAGUACGACUGUGUAAGCUCUGAAAACAAAAAUUAUUGUAUAAUUUCAGACAAUAAUUUCAGAUCAACGUUAACUA